CAUUAAGUUUAAUAACUUCUGCAUGGAUUUGGACAAUUCUUAGUGCUGUUAAUGGUAUGUUUAUUCUAAAAGCUAGCAAGAAUUCCAUAACUCCAAUGCAAGUGUUCUUUCUUUGUCCCUUAUUUCAAUGAAGCUGGACAUUAAUGUGUUUUGUGUUCUGAUUCUCAAAACACUGAAUAAAUCAAAACUGAAGGGGAUGACUGAAUCAGUCCAGCUACCAGCAGAGAUUACUUUUUUAGCUUGAUUCCUAAAGUAUGAGGUACUGAAAUGCAAAUGGAACUUCAGUGAAAAUUUGUUGUAACAAAAUAGCAUCUUGGUCCAGACCUGAGCGUUGGUUAGGAGAGGAAUGGUCGGGGUUUUGGGCACAUGUCGAGUUUCGUCAUUUGCUGGUAGAGGGAAAGGAAAUCCCACACUACCUCGGAGCUGUGUGUCAGAGAUGGAGGGGGGUUUUAGUGUGUGCUGGUCCUGAGAAAGGAGAGGAAAAAGGGAACGAGCAGGAUAGCGGCGAUGUCUGCCUGGAACCCCGCUGGCCGUGGAGCUGCGGUGGGAUGAGCGGAGCCGGGCUGGGCUGGGCUUGAGGCGGGGGCAGAGCCGGGCGGGGAGCGCGGCCGCGCGUUUCACCCGUUAUUUCCGUUGGGUCAAUGAGCGCCGGGGCGGCGGGGCCGCGGCCGCCCGGGGGCACCGAGCGCUGCCCGGCGGGGCGGGCUGUCCGUGUGUCGGGCUGUCCGUGCGGUCCCGCCCCGCCGCCAGCACAACAAACCCGCCCCGUCCCGCCCGCGCCGUGCGGCCAACGCGGGGGCCGGGCCGGGCCGGGCGGCGCUGGCAGCGGGGCUGGGGCGGACAUGAGGACCGAGAUCUCCACGGCGGCCGCCUUCGUGACCCGCCUCCUGCGGGCCGCCGGCGGGGUCGGCGAGGAGCAGCUGCGGUGCUUCCGCGAGUGCCUGCAGGAGGCGAUGCGCGAGCACUACAAGCACCACUGGUUCCCCCUGGUGCCCUCCAAGGGCUCCGGCUACCGCUGCAUCAGGAUCAACCAUAAGAUGGACCCCUUGAUAGGAAAGGCGGCGGGGAUGAUCGGACUGAGCCACGAGAGGCUCUUCCAGCUCUUACCCAGCGAAUUAACCCUGUGGGUCGACCCCUUUGAAGUGUCCUAUCGCAUAGGUGAGGAUGGGUCUAUCUGUGUGCUGUACGAAAGCCCCCAGCCUGGGGGAAAGGCGGCCAAACAGCUGGAGAGCAGGACCAGCUGCAAGGAGGAGUGGAGAACUGGCAGAUCCAGCCCUUCCAAGAGUUACAACAUGAUGACGGUUUCCAGUUAAAAACAACUCUUCCCUGUACGAUGUUGUAUGUAUCCCAACCUCGUGGCGAAGUUAGAUGUAACUGAGCUCUUUUGUUUUUUAGUUAUUUUCUUCACCCUUUAGUCAUUAAAGUCGUGGUAGUACUGCCAAGUUCUUUGUGGCCAAGGGCUAAAUGUAUAAAGCAGUUCUUUACACUGCAUGUUCCUUUCUGGGUUGUGUCCUGUAAAUGCACUGUACAGUCGGUGGAUUGUUUUACACAUUUAUAUUUUCAAGAAAAUUUGCCUAUUUGUAAUAAAAAGCAAUAUUGUAGCAUUCUUUAUGAUGGGUUUUAGUCAAAAUUGGUACUUGCUGAAAAAAAAAAUAAAUCUGCAAUUUGCAGAACAAUAACACAAAGGAGGGAGGGGGUAGGAAACAGAUCUGAAAAACUGAACAUAAAUCUUUCCAGUGAUUUGUCUGCACAGAUUUCUCUCAGGGUCAUUCAAGUUUGACUGUGAGGCACAAAUCACAGAAAAAAACUCUUUAUUUUUCCUUUUUCAAAGCAUGCAUUUUUUUGAGGACUGGGUUCCUUCACACCCCAAUAUUUUAGCAAAAAGAAGUGGGGAAUUAGUUGUCUUGUUAUUCCUAGUUAUGGGAGCAGAAAAAUAAAUACUUGCUUAAAAUGCUUCUGACUUGUUUUGGUUCUUGGUUUUGUCCCCCCUCCCCAGGCUUUUAACAUUGCUCCGAAAGCUUAUUCUAUCCAUUUGUAAUAAUUGCAGAAAACUUUGUAGUUAAAGAGGUAUAGCAUUGAACAUCAAUCUUUGUUUCACAUCACAACAAAACACUCAGUUUUGGGAAAGCUUGCUGUCUGCCUGUCUUCAGUUGAAUAAUCUGUGUAGAGCUAGGUGGGUUUUUGGUACUGAAUGGAAGGAAAGGUACUCUUCCAAUAUUUGACCUAUUAAAAAAAAAAUGCUUGAGUUUAUAAGGAAAUGGACUUUGGGUUUAAAACUGCAACUUUACACCAUGUAGGAAGCUCGAGUGAAAAUGACCAUCAAUACUGUAACUACCUUGGCUUUUCUGGAAGGUAAAUCCUUCUGUUUCUGGCUUUGAGUUUCUUAUUUUUGUCAGGGUCUCUAAUACCAGGUGGGUACAAGUUUUAUUGAAGGUAUUAAAUACAGUAGAUUUGAUGUAAUAACAAAACUUUGUGUUGCUGCUUUCUGUGGAUACCAGAAAAGGAUUUAAUUUGCAGAUAUUGUGAUUUCUAUUCUAAGAAGUGCUGGUUUCUAAGUCAGCCAUAGAAGGCUGCCUGGCAUUGCUGAUUUCUGUAGCCUGGUGUUGGAGCACUUGAUGAAAGGGAGCUUUGUCUGGUGUGAGUAUGUCAGCAAAAAAACCCUCCUUGUGCUAUGUCAAUAACAUGGUAGAACAUACAGUGAGGGAAGGGGCAAGUCUGGGCAAACUGGAAAGGGCAGAACUCCAGCUCACAAAGAGGUUUUUUCUUUGUUUGCCUUAGAAAAAGCUGUGGCUUGCUUCUUGCUGUUUGCUUAUUAUCUUGGAGGCAGGUUUUUCUAGUGGUAUUUGUUUAAUCUGGAAGAAAUGCAUAGUGCAAUUUUCUUAGUAAUUAAAACUCUGUAAAAAUUGA